CAGCGAUCCGAUACCAUGUCCAUGCUUCUACAGUUCCUCUUUCUCAGCCUCAUCCUACUCGCAGCGUCCACUACGGGUGGUGAUGGCCAGCAGUUCGCCUACUCCGGCUUCUCCACUAACGAUCUCGUCGUCGACGGAGCUACAACCAUCACAUCAAACGGCCUCCUCGAGCUCACCAACGGAACGGACCAGCAGACAGGCCACGCCUUCUACCCAACCCCGGUGCAGUUCACGAGGUCGCCCAACGGAACGGUGCAGUCUUUCUCCACCUCCUUCGUGUUCGCAAUCCUGUCCGUGUACACCGACCUAAGCGCCCACGGCAUGGCCUUCGUCGUGGCGCCGAGCAGGAACUUCCCGGGCGCCUUGCCUGGGCAGUUCCUCGGCCUCACCGACAUCCGGAACGACGGCAACGCGAGCAACCACUUCUUCACCGUCGAGCUGGACACCAUCGAGAACAAGGAGUUCGGCGACAUCAACGCCAACCACGCCGGCGCCAACGUCAACGGCCUCAGAUCCCUCAACUCCAGCUCCGCUGGCUACUACGCUGACGGGGACGUCAACGGCGGCGAGUUCCACUUCCACAACCUGAGCCUGAUCAGCCGUGAGGCUAUGCAGGUGUGGAUGGACUACGAUGCCACGGCUUCAAGCAUCACGGUCACCAUGGCUCCGUCGAAGGCUGCGCGGCCUGCACGGCCGCUGUUCACAGCCACCCACAACCUCACAAGCGUCGUCACCGACGCUGCAUACGUUGGCUUCUCCUCGGCGACCGGCACGAUCAACACGAGGCAUUACGUGCUCGGCUGGAGCUUCGCCAUGAACGGUCCAGCUCCCGCCAUUGAUGUUUCCAGGCUACCCAAGCUCCCACGCAUGGGCCCGAAGCCUCUAUCCAAGGCACUGGAGAUCGUUCUGCCGAUAGCAACGGCCGCGUUCGUCCUCGCCGUGGGCAGCGCCGCGUUCCUGCUCGUCCGGAGGCAUCUGAAGUACGCUGAGCUGCGGGAAGACUGGGAGCUCGAGUUCGGGCCGCACCGCUUCUCCUACAGGGACCUGUUGGAUGCAACGGAAGGGUUCAAGGACGAGCUCCUGCUCGGCGUCGGAGGGUUCGGGCGGGUGUACAAGGGGACCCUUCCCGUGUCGAAACUGGAGGUGGCGGUGAAACGAGUGUCCCAUGACUCGAGGCAGGGCAUGAAGGAGUUCAUCGCGGAGGUCGUCAGCAUCGGGCGCAUCCAGCAUCGCAACCUCGUGCGUGUUCUUGGCUACUGCCGGAGAAGGGGCGAGCUGUUCUUGGUGUACGAGUACAUGCCGAGCGGAAGUGUCGACAAGUACUUGUACGGCAAUAAUGAAGGGACGACGAGGCCCGUCCUGAGUUGGGAGCACAGGUGGCGCGUCGUCAAGGGCAUCGCGUCUUGCUUGCUCUACCUCCACGAGGAGUGGGAGCAGGUGGUCGUCCACCGGGAUAUCAAGCCGAGCAAUGUCCUUCUGGACAGCGACAUGAACGGGCGACUCGGCGACUUCGGCCUUGCCAGGCUGUACGACCACGACGCUGACCCACAAACCACGCACGUGGUCGGAACCAUAGGGUACCUUGCUCCGGAGCUAGGGCACACGAGCAAGGCGACGCCUCAGACGGACGUGUUCUCUUUCGGCAUGUUUGUUCUCGAGAUUACAUGUGGCAGGAGGCCUGUCGUCGUCGUCGUCGUCGGUGACGACGAAAGCUCACAGGAGGAAAGCCAGUGCAUGCUGGUGGAUUGGGUCCUUGAGCGUUGGGCAAGCAGUGGAGCACUGCUGGAAACUGUGGAUGCCAGGCUUGGAGGGGACUACAACGCUGCGGAGGCUUGUUUGGCACUAAAACUAGGGCUGCUAUGCUCUCACCCCUUCUCCAAGUCGAGGCCUACCGCACGGCAGGUCAUGCAGUACCUUGACGGUGAGGUGCCGCUACCGGAGAUGGCGCCAACGGAUAUGAGCCUUCACAUGAUGGCGAUAAUGCAGAAUGAAGGAUUCGAUGACUACGUCGUCACGGGAUCCACAGCAAGCAUUGGUACAACAUCUGUUGUUUCUGGUGGAAGAUGAGGUAUAUACUGCUAUAUAUGCAUGUAGACGUAGCCUGUAGCAUACGUUUUGGGCGUUCCAUCACCGGAGUAUAUGUAAGGUUUACCAUCCUAAUAAAUAUAUGUGACUUUGUAAUAAGUUGUAACACUAGCAACACUACCGGAAUUCGACUCUUUACCAAA